AUGGACACGACGCUCUACAGUGAGCUGAACCGCCUUGAGCGGGGUGACUUUCUCCUCUUCCACUGCGUGCAGCUCUCCCAGCAUGAGCAGGAUGUGCAGCGGUACUUCUUUGGCUGUUAUUUCCCCCGCUGGCGCGGCUUCUACGUGGAGGAGGUGCGGGAGCUGCCGGGGCCGCUGGGGUACAAAGUCCCGCGGCAUUUCCCCGCCUUUCCGUUUGAUGUCUACCUGAAGGAUGAUGGCUCCAACUUCCUCACGGACGACUUUACGGUGGGCUCCAUCUUCACACUGGGAGGUCCACUCAACCAGCGGGAUGAGGGAGUUAAACGGUAUAAGGUGAUUUACUGCGAUGACAGUCGUCUACGUACACGUACAGGGAAGACACUGGCAGAUAUUGGAAAUGAUAUCACAACGAAACUUAAUCAAACACACCGGGUUUCAAGUGAGGCUAUUGAAUUACUACGUGAGAUUAGAGAUGCAUAUGUUAUGAAUGCUGGUAACAGUAUUCCAGAGAUUGGUAUUAAAGCUAUGGGUCGUCAUUUUAGACAAGUAAGCGGAGAUGGAAAACGAUGGAUGUCACUUGAGAAUAUUGCCAAGUUUGUUCGUGAUUCACGUGCCUUUAAUAAAUCUUUAUCAUUUGAAGAUACACAACAAUCUACACGUAAAAUUAAUAGUAUUGCAGAAUGUAUUCAUAGUGCAUUUCCACAUAAUGAAGAAGGAUAUGUGGAUUAUGAUUUAUUUAUGGAUUAUAUACGUGGUCCAAUGAAUCAAAAACGUAAAGAUGCUGUAUGGAAUAUUUUUCGUAAACUUGAUUUUGAUGCUGAUGGUAAUAUCAAUAUUUUAGAUAUUCAGGCUCGCUAUAAUGCACAAGAGCAUCCUACAGUAGCAGUGGAAAAAUUAUUUUCUGCAGAUAAACUACUUAAAGGUUUCCUAACCAUCUGGGACGAAAACAAAAAGUAUGGAUUAGUCCCAUAUGCUGAGUUUAUCGACUAUUACAACGGUGUCAGUGCUGUAAUUGAGGAUGAUGAUAUCUUUUUUGAUAUCUUACGAAACCAAUGGAAAGUCAUGGAGAACUGGGGACAGUGA